CGACCCGAAGGCGGCCCGGCUCCGCCCCGCCCCCCUAGCCUCAACGGCCGCAACCGUCGCCGGGAGGAUGCGCCGCCGCCCCCUGGCCCGAAGAGGUAGACGGGGGAGACGAUGAAGGAGCCGCCCCGACGGCUUCUGUUUUGGGCCUCCUGCUUGCUGCUCGGCUGCCUGCUCGGGCUUCCCUGCUGGCAUGUUUUUUGUAAAGAGAGCCCUUCCUCUGCAUCUAUGUAUUCACCAAACGAGAACUAUCCCUUGGCAAGCAUGGAAGAAAACAUCCAGGAAAAGGAGGAGAUGGAUGGAUACAUUGGAGUGCUGCCUUUAGAACACGACGAAUCCAUUAUGAGAGGUGAUCCGGAAGAAGAAUGUUUGGUUGACUGCACAAAGCAAAAACAGACCAUGGAAAUGGGAGAAUUAAGAACGCCUGAAGAUGAGACUCAGCCUUCAGUGGAUUUAGAUGAAGCUUCUUCUAGCAUAAUUGCUACAACCGAGAAGACGUCUAGUACACCUACCUCAGAGAUCUUGCCAGUCUCUCAGCCUAGUGCAAUAGAAAAUUCCAGUGCUGAUAACCCUGUCGUCGCCUCUGCUGAAGCUGAACAGGCAGAACCUAACUGUGAGAUUGGAGGGGCACUUGAAGCCGACAACGCUCCGAAUGAGCCUUCCUCUCUCGUUGCUUCACCAGAGAGCCUUGUAGGUCAACAUAUAGAAAACAUCUCCUCGCGUACUAAAGGGGAAAUGACUAAACCGGGAUUUGAGCCGGAGCUUGCUGCCGCUGAGCAGAAGACAGAUCCAAAGUCAGCACUGAAUGCUUCGGGCAACAUAAGAGGGGACAGAAAAGUGGGAGAAAUUGACCCAACUUCUGUGAUAACUCCAAAGGACCCAGGAGAUAUUCCCACAUUUGAUGAAUGGAAGAAGCAGGUUAUGGAAGUGGAAAAAGAAAAGAGUCAGGCAAUGCAUCCAUCCUCCAAUGGAGGUCAACAUCCUACAAAAAAGGUCCAGAAAAACAGAAAUAACUAUGCCUCAGUGGAGUGUGGUGCCAAAAUAUUGGCAGCUAAUCCAGAAGCAAAGAGUACAUCAGCUAUACUAAUGGAGAAUAUGGACCUCUACAUGCUGAAUCCAUGCAGUACUAAAAUCUGGUUCGUUGUGGAGCUGUGUGAGCCGAUUCAGGUGAAGCAGCUGGACAUUGCCAACCAUGAAUUAUUCUCAUCCACUCCCAAGGACUUUUUGGUGUCUAUCAGUGACAGAUACCCAACAAAUAAAUGGGUCAAGCUGGGCACUUUUCAUGCUCGAGACGAGAGGAAUGUCCAGAGUUUUCCUCUGGAUGAACAGAUGUAUGCAAAAUAUGUAAAGAUGUUCAUCAAGUACAUAAAGGUAGAGUUGGUGUCGCAUUUUGGAUCGGAACACUUCUGCCCUUUAAGCCUUAUAAGGGUGUUUGGCACUAGUAUGGUUGAAGAAUAUGAAGAAAUAGCUGACUCUCAGUACCAGUCUGAAAGACCAGAGCUUUAUGAUGAAGAUUAUGACUAUCAUUUGGACUACAAUGUGGGUGAAGACAAACCUUCAAAGAAUCUAAUUGGUUCUGCCACAAAUGCCAUUUUAAAUAUGGUGAAUAUUGCUGCUAAUAUCCUUGGAGCAAAAACCGAAGAGCAGUCUACUGAUCAAGGAAAUGAAAGCAUCCCUGAAAGUGUCCCUGAAAACGCAACUACCUCUUCCAGUGUGGCACCACAUCUGUUGGAGCCAACUACCACUCCUUCUUUAGAGCUUGUUGCCUCCGAGAUACCACAAACGGAGCAGGAGCAGGUGGUCGUAGAUGUGACGAAAGACAACCCAAUUGUUCAGCUAGUCCAGGAAUACGAAGAGGAAGCGAGUCGAUCCACCGUGACCCUGCUACCCAGUGACGAACAAGAAGAAGAAAUGUCGUGGUUCGAAUCAGAAACGCAGACCUAUUGUUACGAACUGAUGACCGUCUGUUGCAUUUCCACCUUUUCGGAAUAUCUGUACAAGCGUUGUUCGGGGAUCGCAGCGCUCCAUCGGUACCGCAGCAAAAAAGAUAGUAGUUGGGACAAAUCCUAUUCUGCCAUUUUCCAGCCCCAGCUAGUUCCGACCAAAUCUUUGCCCGUAUCGGUACAUGAGCCUCAUCACGAUAAAUUGGACACCCUUAUUCCAGAGCCACCUGAAACUGUUACAGGCAUCUUAAGCAAUGUGUGGACCGAGCCUGUGAUUAAUCAGACAGAGGGAACCUUUGAACUGGAACCCAGUCGUCCGCAGACGGUCUCUCAGUCCGUCCUCUUGGAUGUCACCACAGGAGCCAAGUCACAGUCUACAACGAAUGUGUCCUCUGAGCCCACAAAACAUGAAGCUAUGUCUGAAGCUCCCGAGGCUCCUCCCCAGGAGGAAAUUCCUGCUGAAAAAGAUGAAGUCGUCGGGUCCGUCACAGAAAAACUGCCUGGCACCAGUGUGGGAACUGAAGUCAAAGAGACUGGAGAAGAGAGGAUCUCUACUGAAACAGUCUCAAAGCCAACAGAGACUGUUACACAGUCGGAAUGUACCGGAGCCAUCGAAAGCAGCGACGGGGAAACAAAGGCAGGUCUCCAGGAAACAGAAAAACAAGCGGCGGCGCCUGCUGUAGAGUCAUCAUCGUUGGAAAUAAAAGACGAUGACACGGUGGUCGAGGAACCAUUUCUCUCUCUUCCCGUUUCUGGCGGAUUACCCCGAACUGCUACAGACUUUUAUGCUGAACUGCAGAAUUCUACAGACUUGAAUUAUGCCAAUGGGAACCUUGUUCAUGGAUCAAACCAAAAAGAGUCUGUCUUUAUGAGACUCAACAAUCGCAUUAAAGCCCUGGAAGUAAACAUGUCUCUCAGCAGCCGCUAUUUGGAAGAACUUAGCCAAAGAUACCGCAAGCAAAUGGACGAAAUGCAGAAGGCUUUUAAUAAAACAAUAAUAAAACUGCAGAAUACUUCGCGCCUGGCAGAACAGCAGGAUUUGAAGCAGACAGAGGCCAUUCAACUUCUGCAGGCACAGCUGACCAAUAUGACACAGCUAGUUUCCAAUCUGUCAUCAACUGUGGCCGAACUAAAAAGAGAGGUUUCUGACCGCCAGAGCUACCUUGUCAUUUGCUUGGUGCUCAGUGCCAUCCUGGGCUUCAUGCUUUGUGUCCAGCGCUGCAAAAACAGGUCGGAGUUGAACGACAACUACGGCUCCAGGCUUCUCAAAAGUAAUCACUAUCCCAGCCCGAAAAGGUGUUUUUCUUCCUACGAUGACAUGAACUUGAAAAGAAGAACCUCCUUUCCCCUCACCAGGUCUCAGUCCUUUCAGCUGAACAGCAAGGAAGUGGACCCGGAGGAUCUGUACAUUGUAGAACCGUUGAAGUUUUCGCCAGAGAAAAAGAAGAAACGCUGCAAAUACAAAACUGAAAAAAUUGAAACUGUCAAACCAGCAGUGGAGCCUGUGCAUCCAGUAGCUAACGGGGAAAUAAAAAGCAGGAAGCCCUUUACAAAUCAGAGGGACUUCUCCAACAUCGGCGACGUGUACCACUCUUCGUACAAGGGUCCCCCGUCCGAAGGGAGCUCCGAGACCUCCUCGCAGUCUGAAGAGUCCUACUUUUGCGGCAUCUCCGCCUGCACGAGUCUGUGCAACGGACAACUCCAAAAGACAAAAACGGAGAAGCGGGCUCUGAAGCGAAGGCGGGCUAAAGCCCCAGAGCAGGGCAAGCUCAUAAAAACAUUGAUACAGACUAAGACGGGGUCCUUGCCGAGCCUGCAUGAUAUCAUCAAAGGAAACAAGGAUCUGACCGUGGGAACACUUGGUGUCACAGCCGUUUCUGGGCAUCUUUAAAAACGAAUUGAACUCUUCG